GCAAACCCAGAGCUGGCCGCUAUAUGGGCCGUAGGACAGCGUAUUUGGCAGCGAGACUUUCCAGGGAUCUACGCUACUAUUGCUGCUUACCAGUGGUCUGAAAGCAUUCUCCCUGUGAUGGAAGCUUUAAGAGCCAUCGAAUUUGUACAGCAAAAGGCUACAAAGUGACCAUUGACAUGGACAUUCAGCGAACAUCCUCUUUGGUGGGGUCUCCUGGGUCCAUGGAGAGCCUUGAGAAACAGCUAAGUUGCCCAAUUUGUCUGGACAUGUUCACCAAACCAGUGGUGAUUCUGCCCUGUCAGCAUAACCUGUGUCGAGGAUGUGCUAGUGAUCUUUAUGACUCUCGAAAUCCUUAUCGUUUCUCUGGUGGUGUAUUCCGGUGCCCUACUUGCCGCUUUGAAGUGGUUCUUGAUCGUCAUGGCGUGCAUGGACUUCAGAGAAAUCUUCUAGUUGAGAACAUAAUUGACAUAUACAAACAGCAGCAGGAAGGUGGAGGUGGAGGCAGCACCACAGAAACGCCAAUAAAACCCAAAAGCUCCAGGGAGCCAAUGUGCCAAGAGCACGAGGAUGAGAAGAUCAACAUCUACUGUGUGAAUCACCAAAUUCCCACUUGUUCCAUGUGUAAGGUGUUUGGCCAACAUAAAGACUGUGAGGUGUCACCACUUGCUAGUGUCUAUCAAGCUCAAAAAGGAGAGCUGAGUAAUGCCAUCGAUGGCCUUGUAGCAGUGAAUGGUCGCCUUCAAGCAUUGCUUAACCAGAUGGAGGAGGCCUGCACAGCUGUUCAGGGCAAUGCUCAACGUGCCAAGCAAAGGCUUGGUGAAUGCUUCGAUUCUCUGUAUGCAGCCUUAGAAGAGCGUAAGAGUGCCCUCUUGGAACGUAUAAGCAAGGAGCAGGAUGAGAAGAUAUCUGCCCUCAGGAAUCUGGCCAGGCGUUAUGGGGAUCGACUUCAGGCAGCCACAGAGUUAACAGACACGGCAGUGCAGGCGCUGGAGCAAAGCGGUGCUGCAGAGUUCCUGCUGGCCUCCAAGAACCUGAUCUCCCAGACAAAGGACGUGACGAAGAGUGCACUGGCUGAAGAAAGGCCUGAGCCAGGCUUUGAAAGAAUGGACCAUUUCACUCUGGAUACAGAACAAGUGGAGACUUUGUUGUCCAAGAUGGACUUUGGAGGAGACAAUGAUGAGGAAUUUGAAGAUGCUGAAAAUCAGGAAGAGGAGUGAAUGGGUUGCACUGAAGCAGUGUGUGAGUGUCUUCGAGGGAAAAUGGGAUGGGAUAAAGGACAAGUAGAUUAAACAAGGACUGUGUCUAUGAGAGGGAAGAGGGUUUAAUGUUUAUAUAUCACUGCCAAGCAGUGUCAGCAUUAAACCUAGUGCCAUUUUUAUACUUUUUAUAAUGGAGAGUAGUUGCUGUUGUCACUC